ACGAGCCCGCUGACAGAUUGGCGGCGGCGGCGGCGGCGGCGGCGGCGGUGGCCCUGGCCCUGGACCGCGGGGAAUGGGAAUCCCAGGUCUCUGAGCGCCGCCCCCGCCUCCCUGCCCCCGACAUGGCUCAGGAGAAGAUGGAGCUAGACCUGGAGUUGCCUCCGGGUGCUGGCGGGAGCCCGGCGGAGGGCGGCGGCAGCGGCGCGGGCGGGGGCCUCCGGAGGUCUAACAGCGCCCCCCUGAUCCACGGCCUCAGUGACACUUCGCCGGUGUUCCAGGCCGAGGCGCCGAGCGCCCGGCGGAACAGCACGACGUUCCCGAACCGCCACGGCCUGCUGCUGCCGGCCUCCCCGGUCCGCAUGCACAGCAGCCGCUUGCACCAGAUCAAGCAGGAGGAGGGCAUGGACCUCAUCAACCGAGAGACCGUCCACGAGCGCGAGGUGCAGAACGCCAUGCAGAUAAGCCACUCCUGGGAGGAAAGUUUCAGCCUGAGUGACAACGACGCCGAGAAGUCCGCCUCCCCGAAGCGCAUCGAUUUCAUCCCGGUGUCACCAGCGCCCUCACCCACCCGGGGGAUCGGGAAGCAGUGCUUCUCACCAUCCUUGCAAAGUUUUGUGAGUAGCAAUGGAUUGCCUCCGAGCCCUAUUCCCAGCCCAACGACUCGGUUUACUACCCGGAGAAGCCAGAGUCCCAUCAAUUGCAUUAGACCAAGUGUUCUUGGACCACUGAAAAGAAAAUGUGAAAUGGAAACUGAGUAUCAGCCAAAGAGGUUUUUCCAGGGCAUCACCAACAUGCUUUCUUCUGACGUUGCACAGCUGUCAGAUCCUGGCGUGUGUGUAUCGUCUGAUACCCUUGACGGAAACAGCAGCAGCGCCGGAUCUUCUUGUAACUCACCAGCGAAAGUCAGCACUACCACCGACUCUCCUGUGUCGCCUGCCCAAGCGGCCUCUCCAUUUAUUCCAGUAGAUGAACUUUCAUCUAAGUGAUUCACCCUCCCAUCCCGAGACUCGUUGUUUUCUGUUUUUGUUUUUUUUUGCAAUGGAGAGAAAAAUCAAGUUGGAGCAAGCACUGAACUUUGUCAAUUAAUUUGAGGCUAUUUCCUAUUCGACCCUUUCCUCUUUUUUUUUUUUUUUUUUUUAAUUUCCUGAGAUGUUGUUACUCUAGAGAACUUAUGUCAGGUUCCUGCGGGUGCCCUUGAAUUCAGUGUAGUGAUAUUUUCAGACGUUUUCCAAUAAGUGUGUUGAAGCAUACGUCUUUAUGCUGCUAAUAUGUUUAAAUACAUAUGUUAUCCCUUGAUUUUUUAAAAUAAUCGAGAGCUCUAUUUAUUUAUGGGAUUAUUAAGUUCUGAUGCAAAUAUAAAUGUUGAAUUAAUCAGUAUAGUAAACUGAUGUUUUAAAAUUCCAUAUUUCAUGCCCACACUAAUUUUUAAUGUUAUUUUUCCAGUGGUUGCUAAUUUCUAUUUGAUGGAGGAUAACCUAGUUACUUACAGCGGUUUUUAAAAAUAUGUUAGUUAUAACAUAGUGAUCCAGUGGUCAUCUAUUUUACCCAGGAAUCCUCGGAUAUUUAAUUUUCUGGGUACACAAGUGGCUGCAAGGGGGGAAUGAUAAAAACAAAAUAUAAAAGUUUGCAACAAGUCUUUUUAAAUUAACUAUAUAAAAGUAAACAAACGCAUUUUCUAAAGAAGUUUUAAUAGUAAUUCUAAUAAGUCAUGCCAAUAUAACUACAGAAAAGUUUAAAAAUUUUUUCUAGACCAGAAAGUGCAUUCUCUUGGGUAUAAUCCUGAAGGGACAUGGGACAGUGCCUUGCAGUCUUAGCCCACUGUACAUAGGCUGAGACCAGGUCCUUUGUACCACUGAAAACUUAAAAGUUUCUCAGAUGUAGAGAAUGUGGGAAGCCCUGUUGAACUUCACCAGAGCACCCAGGCAGAUAAAAAUCUCUCAAUCAUUGAUAUGCUUUAAAAUAUCCAAUUGUGCCUCAGUGAAAAUCCCUGCCAACAAGGAGCCAGAGCAACUUUUGGCUGCUUUUCUGCUCUGCCCAUCUGUUACCUUCCUGGUUUUCCCUGGCUCAGGAAGGAAGCGGCUGUUUCCUUGCCAACAGGUCCUUCCUCUCCACCUCCCACCAAACUAGGGCAUCAUCGGUUAGACAGAGGUACAGUGUGACUUGGAUUUCCGACAGUGAGCAACAACAGAACUGUGGAAUUGUUGCAGGAACCUGUGUAGUUAAAGCCACAGCUGGAUUUGACUGCCUUGGGGAUGCCAGUUGAUUAAGGGUCAGUGACUUGCAAGAGAAAAAAAAAAAAUCAGUGGAGAGUCACAUAGGUAAAUCGUUAUUUAACUUAGAUUUUGUUAAAGGUAGAAUUGUGAAAUGUUCUUUUCUUUGCCUUUUACAACUAAGACAAAAUAUGAAAAUAUUUAAUAACAAAUGUUUUUAUAUUAUACCUUCCUAUAUCUUCCUUUACUAGAUAGAUAGAAAGAAUGGCAGACAAAAAAAGGGGAAGAAAUAAAAGAGACCAAGACAAAAAGCUCCGGCUUUCUUUAAGUAACUGCCUACAGAGACUUUAACAAUUAUGUGGAAUUUUUUUACAACUACGAGAAUAAAUGGAACUAGUCAACUUUUGAAAGUUGCCUUAAGAGUUCAAUGAAACUAUGUUGAGGGUAAGAUUGUGUCCACAGGCUUAAAAUUCUCUGUUCUGGGUAAUAGUUCAUGUGUGCCAGUCCUGACCUUGUUCCUCCAGUUCAAACCUGUAUGUCCAACUUCCUGUUGGGUACCUUGAUCUGCUUCCAGACGUACUGUAACCUCAGCAUCUCCAAAACAAAAGUUAGUAGCUUUUCAUCGAACCUGUUCUUGAGUUACCUAAAUUGAUGUGCUCGCUGAUUUUCUAAACGAGAAACCAUAGAAAGCGUUUUUGACUUUCCCUUUUUCCCUGUCACAUCCAGCGUGAUCACUCAGUCCCGUCUACUGAAGUGAACCUGAGACCUCUCCCCUUCACUGCUUCUGUUGCCUCUGAUUCAGCUUAGGUUCCAGCCUAAGUGAUUUCCCACCUCCCCUCUGGCCUGGUCUUCACCCCACCUCUAAAGUGAUCUUUCUGAAAUAUAAACUUGAUUUCCCCCCCCCCUCCCGCUUGAAAACUCGAUGUGCAUCCUCAUUUCCCACGGUGUAGGGAAUGCUUUCUGUAACCUGGCAUAUAAUACUGUCCUUCGUGAACUGGGCAUAUUGUAAAACAGCUUCACAGCCCUGCUCAUCCUACCCCGACACACAUCCUUCCUUCUUACUCUGCAAACACUAGACUACUUGAUAUUCUUUAAAUAUGCCAUGUACUUUCAUGUGUUUGUGCCUUUGGAUGGAUUGUUCUUUUCCCCUAAAAUGCCAUUCCUGUCCUUUUCAGCCAGGCAAGUGCUUUGUUUCUUUUUUUAUUGCAUGUUAAUUUAACUAUGAAAGAAUGUAUACCUGCUGAUUAUAAAAGUAUUUAAACAAUGCAGAUACCUAUAUAGUAAAAAAUGCAAGUCUGCCUUUUACUAUGUAAAAUUCAUCUUCCCUUCCCGUUGCUAAUUUCUGUUAAUUCAAGAUAUACUGUAUAAGAUGUUUUACCCCUCAUUUUCAUGUAUAUAUGUAUAUAAAUUCAGGAACCACCACACCCUUGACAUCUCUCUUCCUUUUCUUUCCUCCGAAUCUUCUCCAAGUCUUAGUGAUUUUCUCUUCCAGAAUCUAUUACUUUGUUUUCAUCUCUGUUGCCACCCCAACCCAGGCUACCAUUCAUUUCCCUCCGAGACUUCUAGCGUAAUUCCCACCUCUCCCUCUCACACUGUCUCUGGUAGGCUGUCCAUUCAUUCUCCAUACAGCAGCUAAAGUAAUCCUCUUAAAAUUGCAUAUCUGAUCUUCCAUCGCCCAGCUUAAGGCUUUUCAUUUGCUUCCUGUUAUGUUUGUGGUAUACCAAAAUACUAAUUCUGGCCCGGGAGGCCCUGGGGGAUCUGACCCUUGCCCCUCCUUCUUGUUUUCUGUACCCCACCCUCACUGGCUUGCUUCCUUCUCAUUAAAUACAUCAUCUUCUCUCCCAUAUUAGAUCCUCUUACCAGAUCAUUUUCUCUGAAGGUACAGGGAAACCUUCACAUCCAUAAGCUUAUUUUUCUAUAUAGGUGGUAAAUUUUAAAUCAGGUGAGGCUCUAAGAGUUUAUGUAGACCAUUUACAUUGUCAUAUUAUUGUUCAUAAACUUAGUCAUUACUUUGUAGACUGUAAGGGCUUAGGUCACGUGAGAACUAUCCUUCAAAAAACAUUUGUAAGAUAUGAGUAUUGAUAAGCUAUAAACUCUGCUGAAAGUCCCAGUGCACAUAUCAACAUUUAGUUAAAGUACAGUCUGUUCUAUAUAACAAAGCUCUGUGGUAUAUUUUCCUUUAUUGUGUCUGUUAUAAACACCAUGAAAAUGGAAAAAAAUGGUCACCAAAUCUGCGACUGCUGGACAUCAGAACCUUUAAGUGUACUUAAAAGAUUGAUUGUAAUCAAGAAUAACCUGUAUCAGGAUGCCUUCCAGUAAUUCAGGUUUAUUAGGUUAGUUCAGCUGGUCAUACACCUAUAGAAGAGACCACUCUUAAAUAUUUGGCAGUAAGAUGGGGAAAGUGACCAGGCUUAUGAGGGAAACAGGACUAAGAUUUUUUUUUUUCUUACGGCCACAUUUAUAGAGGAGUACAAAAAGUUUGAAGGUCCAAGAGAGAGGUGGAAGAUGGGAAUCAUUGCCAGAACAACAAACCAAGGAAGGUGAUGUAAACUACAUUUCCAGGGUAGCAUCAGCGUAUAGAAGAAGGAGUCAGGGGAUACCUGGGUGGCUCAGUGGUUGAGUGUCUGCCUUUGACUCAGGUCAUGGCUCGGGGUCCUGGGAUCAAGUUCCGCAUCAGGCUCCCCAGUGGAGCCUGCUUCUCCCUCUGCCUCUCUCCACGUGUCUCUCAUGAAUAAAUAAAUCUAAAAAAAAAAAAAAAAAAAAGAAAGAAAGAAAGAAAAA